CCCCGCCGCAUCCUUAGAAACCGUUUUCUUCACGUUCUUAAGUCUCCAGAAGUCCAGACAAUCAUUCACGUUUCUUUUUACAUGACGUAACAUCAUUUUUCUCUCAAGGCUGAGCAGGCUCUCGGUGCAAGUCUGUCUGUGCAUUUUAUCUGAUCAUACUAUCUGAUCUGAUCAACAAAUUAAACCAACUCCCUUCUUUUCCCACCUUUUCAUCCAUGUAUUAGUCGACAUCCUUUACUUGCUUAGAUUAGACCAGGAACCAGUUUUUUUGUACCAUGAGUACCAAUCAGUCAGAACUUCAUCCCGUGUCUUCUGACAUAGAACAGCAACGACAGCGUAGCCCUCCUCCGGUGCAUCCGGACGAUCCGCUUGGUGGCCCGGCGCAGCACCUCGAAUUUAACGAACAAGACGACGACCCGCCUACCCCACGCUUUAUGCAGGAAGAAGGCUCCUGGAAGCGGUGGAAAUGGGUCCCGUAUCCAGUGCGAAAGUAUGGCAAGAUUGCUUAUAAGUGGAUGAAGGGGCCUCAAAACCCCAAGGUCUGGAAGAUUGAACCAUUGUUUCCUGCUGUCCAACAUGCGCCGCUUCGACUUCUCGACAAGUACCUUCCGAAUCCAAAACAUCAGAUUCUCUUGUAUACGGCGUACAUUGCCAUAUGGAUUACCACGUUUGCGCUAGUCAUGUGGAGGGGCCAGGUCGCAUCCGAGAUUGCGACUUAUGGCACACCUACCGACAUAAGUUGUGGUGUUGCCUAUUGGACUCGCAACAACAACUGCGGACUUGACGGCGUUAAUUGCAGGCCGUUCAGCAACAGUUCAUUUGCAUUCCGAUGCCCCUCCAAUUGCGCUAGCUAUCGAGUCCUCAAUCCUCGGGCGGUAGGAGACCAAGAGGUGGUUUAUGCCCCACUGAUCGUAGGCGGCCCACCUAACACCACAAACAUAAAAAAUGCUGUCUACCGGGGCGACUCCUUCAUCUGCGGUUCUGCUGUCCAUGCCGGUGUCAUAUCCAACACCCAGGGUGGUUGUGGUGUGGUAUCGAUUAUAGGAGAGCAGUCAAAUUUUGUCGGCUCCAGCCGGAAUGGCAUCAACAGCGUUGGAUUCGAUUCUUACUUUCCACUCUCUAUAUCCUUUGCUCAGGGUAUUGAAUGCACGGCCAAAGAUGCGAGGUGGUCUCUGUUAGCAGUCUCGGUGGUUUUCACAACUGUCUUGUCUCUUUUCACGGCAUCAUCCUCCGUGUUCUUCUUCACAAUUUUCAUUGGCAUCUUUUGGCAUGUCGGCUUGGCAUCUGAUCCACCUAACAUUACCCCCACAGUUGCUCUUUUCUCCAACAUUUUAGGCAAGUUUCUUCCUGCAAUGUUUUGUGCUUGGGUAUUCUACGACAAAAUGGGUAUUCGACGGACUCUACAGGGCUUAACGGCCCAAUUUGACAAGACAAUUUUGUGGCUUGGAGGGUGUUGGGUCGGCGCCCUGACAAAUUACACCUUCGACUUCAUCCCGAUCUCGCGUCUCACCGGACACGAUCUGGACCAACAACCUGGUGCUAAGGCUGCAUUGGCUAUCAUAGUCAUUGUGCUCUUUUUCGUUCUUGUUGGACAAGUCUGGUGCUUCCGACAAGAAGGUAGAUUGAUACGCAUCCUCAAACUCUACGGCUUAUUCAUCCUAGGGAUCAUAGUCUGUCUGGUACUCCCUAACCUAAACCUGCGCAUUCAUCAUUACGUAUUAGCAUUGCUUCUCGUGCCGGGAACGAGCAUGCAAACCAGACCCUCUCUACUCUACCAAGGAAUACUCAUAGGGUUCUUUGUCAACGGUAUCGCCCGCUGGGGAUUCGACUCAGUUCUACAAACUGCUGCCGCCCUGCAAGGCGAUGCCCAAACGGGAUCUCCGCUUCCCGGUCUCCUCGCACCAAUUGUUAAUGCCACCCUUUCGAGCAUCACCUUCCGAUGGCAACCCCCACCAGGAGUGCGAUAUGACGGUAUCAGCGUUCUCGUCAACGAUGUCGAAAGGUACCGCGGGUUCUUCGGUGACGAUGGCUCCGACCAUUUCACGUGGACUCGCGAUACUAAUGGGACGGAGUACAACGAGUACUUCCGGUUCGGGUACAUGAGUGGCACGACCAGUGGAGAUUACUCCAAGGCGGGUAUCUGGACCCAGGAUCUCGAGUGGGUCGAUCCCGAGCCGGGUCCUUCCAGAAUCAAGGCCCGGGGUAUGGGUAUGGAGGACGAUGGAGUGGUACAGGUACCGCGCGAAGUGUGGACAUGAUGUGACGAUUAGUUUAUUGUUAUGAAUAGGAAUUACUCUUGGCGCUAUCUCAGUAGAUAAUGUGUCUAUGAAAAAGACGUUUCGCUCUAACCUAGGAGUGAGUUGAGGACUCAAGUAUCUACACUCAUCUACGCUAGCCUGCCUCCCUUG